AGCCGAUCAACUACUUUAAGUAGUUUAACUAAUAAAUACAUCAAUUUUAAUUUUGGUUUUAAACUAAAGCACGUGUAUGCACUCUGAAAACAACCUACAUUCAUUUUUCAUUGGUUAGUCGUUAGUGAAGCAGAAAACUGGCUAAAUGAUGCCUUAAUAUUCAAACUUAUUUAUGUAUUGUGCUACAUUUGUGCAUGUAUCAUCUAAAUGAUGUGCGUCACGUCAAAUAAUAAACUCUAAUAGAUACACUUACGAGGAAUCAUGCUAUGGAUUUCAUAAUUCUUUUCAAAUAUACUCAGCAGAAUUAAUUGAUUGCCGAAGGAGUCAACGAUCGUAUCAUAAAUACUAUGUGGACUGCUAUUAAUAUUGUAAUUUUACUGGUGUUAAGCAGAUGCAUUACUGCUGAUGUCAAUAUAACUUAUGUGGUGAAAAACUAUCAAAAUCCGUAUAAUUUGGAUAGCCGAUUAAGAAAAUGCGAAGCAUUGAAUGUUUUCGGUGAUCAUUGUGAUCCGUUUUUUCAUUUUGCUGCCUACACAUCAACAGAAAAAUGGGAAAAACGUUCCACACUACGCAAAGAAGCUGGACCAUUUGUGAAUUCAAAGUAUGUUGAAAAAGUUCUAGAAGCUUAUGAGAUUCAUCAAACGUUUCCGAAAGCUAUAGAAAUAGAAUUGGACAUUCAGGAUAGUGAUAUAGAUGAUGAUCAAAGGAUAGCACUUUUCAGAAGGCAAGUACCACUUGAAAGCAAAGGAAAAUAUGAAUUUAGAAUGGGUGUUGAUGUCAAAGUUGAAGCUUAUAUAGAUAUAAGUUGUACAAAAGACUAUUAUGGGAAACGGUGCGAAGUUUAUUGUAUUCCAAUGCAAGAUUUAUGGACUUGUGAUGAAAUUACUGGUGCUCGAGUAUGCAGUAAACCAUGUUUACACGGAAAAUGUACUUUGACAAGUAUGAGUGCAAUAUGCGAAUGUACAGCAGAUUGGCACGGAGAAUUUUGUCAAACACCUAUAGAACCAAAGAUUAUUUCAACUAUAUUAGCACCUGAAAUUAAAGCUAUCCAUGUGGCUAAGCCAAUAACAAUUGAUCAAUCAGUAGUGAACACUACUAAAAAUCAGGCUAAUAAUGAUAAAAAUAAAGUGACUGCACAAUCCAAUUUAAAAACAUCAACUAGGCCAAUAAAACUACAGUUAGAUUCACGUCAGGUUGAUGAAAAUGAUAAUGUAAAAAUAGAAACUACUGAAGCUCAAAUUAAAGGUUUAGAAAUAAAAGUUAGAAAUUCUCAAAAGAAUGUGUCUUAUCAACCAAAUCACUCUAAAUCAUCUUCUGCGUUAUUGCCGUCAUCUUCACCUUUGCCGUCUGUUUCAACGACAUUGAAGUCCAGUUUGGUGAGCAGUAAAAUGGAUACAUCUAAACAGUCAGAGAGGAUAAUAAAUCCAACUGGUCUUUUCACUAACAUGGAAACACGUAAUUACAUGAUUUUGGCAUUCAUUAUAAUAGGCUUAUUAUUAUGGUUGAUUGGUAUUCUCGUCAUUGGUUUGAUUUGCUAUCGUCGGCGACGUAAUCAGAAGGCAUCAGUACGUAAAACCGCUUUAUGGACAAAUAUCAGCUAUGAACCAAGCUCACAUCCAACUCAAUGUUUAUCAUCAACGGAAUACUUCUUACCACAACAUGAAAAUGAAAAUUAUCAUAAUACAAUAAAAUUUUCACCAAACAAUAAUACUUUUCAUAAUUCAUUAAGAAAAACUUCACCAAAAAGUGCACUGAGAAAUUCAUCUACUUUACCAAGACUUCCAAAUAAUGAACAUUUUCAACGUCGAUCAGUACGUUAUACACGUCCAUCAAAUGAAAUGUCUAGAUUACGGUUUGGGACAAUCUCUUACACCCCAGUAACUAGUCCUUCACUUUCAAUGUACACUCAACGUUCUACUUUAUCACCAUCUGAAAGUUGUCUACCAAUAGCGGAUACUUAUGAAGAAUUAACUUGUUGUUUAAAUGAUCAUGCAAAUUGGAAGAGCAAUCAAGAAACACCUAAAUUAACAACUUUUCAAUAAUUGUCAGUGUGUUCAAUGUCUAACUUGUCACCUUCAGUGGUAUUUAACAAUUCUUCAGAUGAAUUAUUGGUGGUACUAGAGAGGGAUACAUCUAUUUACACUUCUAGGUUUUAAGUACAACCCGUUAUUGUAUAAAACUACUUUUCUUCUAUGUUAUUAUUAGCUUGAAUAAAACUCAUCAUUUCUCC